AUGGAAGACACCACCAACCAAGCCAUCGUCCUCCUGCUCAACCUACCUCACCCCUGCCUCGGUGGCAUCAACCUACUCUCCUUCACCACCACCCCCCGCUUCUACGGCGUUAAAAACCUACCUCCAGGCUGGCACUUCGUCUUCACGUCCUCAACAUCAUCCCUCUCCGUCCGACACGGCGCCUGGUUCCGCGUCAAAGGCUCCUCCUCAACCUCUCCGUCGUCACCAUCAGGACCGGAACUCUUCAUCAAGAAAUGGGACUCGGCAACCGAGACCCUCCUCCCCGAAACCUCGCCCACAGCCCUCCUCCACUGGCGCGCGAACCUGGGAUCCAUCUACCGCGACAGCCUGACACCGUAUCGCCAAUCCGCGACGCAGGACCAGGACGAAGAAGAAACGAACGACUGGGCCCGCUUGACGGCCUGUAUCACGCCUGCCCUCCUCACCCGCAUCACAGGCGAGACGCCCGACCACUGGAGUCUCACCUCCGCCAGCUCCGCGAAGGUCGAUGUGGACGACAUCCCCGGCCUGCCCUCUUCCUCUGAUGGAGGUAGCGGGUUCGCAGAGAAGGAGCUCGGCUUCCUGCCCGUAGACUUGAAGCAGACCUGGCGCGCGGGCGCAACGGGGCGGGAGAGGACCCAGGCGGCGCAGGAUCGGAGCUGGUACCUCUCCUCGCUGAUCGCUGCGCACUGCGGCGGCGACGAGAACGAGGUGCUGGGAGAGCUGCAGUUCAGCUUCCUGAUGGUGCUGACACUGAAUAACCACUCGUGUCUCGAGCAGUGGAAGCGGGUGCUGGGACUGCUGUUUACGUGCAUCGAGGCCGUGAGCCAGCGUCCCCAGUUCUUCGUUCGCGCGAUCGGGAUUCUGCAGCUGCAGCUGCGGCAUUGUGGGGAUGUGGAGGGCGGGCUGUUUGAUUUACGGGAGGAGGGGGCGGGGCUGUUGAGGGGGCUGGUGAGGCGGUUUAGGAAAGGGUUGGAGGAGAUGGAGGGGAGGGGGAAGGUGGAUGUUGUGGAGGAGCUUGAGGAGCUGGAAGAGUAUUUAAGGCAGGAGUUUGGGUGGGAGUUUGAGGACGCGUUUGUGAGGAGGGGGAUGUUGGAGUUGGAGGAUGGGGAGCAGGUUGAGAUGGAGAUGAGUGGGUAUGAGGAGGAUGAUGAGAGUGGUGAGUAUGCGCCUAUGGUGGUGGAAUUGACGCCUGCGCAAGCUAGUGAGCUGGAUGCUGGUGGUGAAGGUCCCGUGAGUCUGCCGGAGCGCUUGUACAAGGUGGAACAUAAGCGGAAAGAGGAACCAGAGGAGUCAGAGGAGUCAGAAGACGAGCAGGACUUGGAAGAUAUGGACGCUCGUUUCUAG